AUGACAACGAGGAAAGCCAGCAGCGUGGCGGCGGACGCGGUGACUACCUCCACCACCACCACCACCACCAACCAGCAGCACCAGAACCGGCCGAGGAGCCGGAGUCCCAGCGGCGGCGUCCCGGGGACCGAGGCGGCGGCGGCGGCGGGCGGAGGGGCGGUGGAGAUGUUCGGGGAAUUUCAGGACUGGUGCCUGCGGACGUACGGAGACUCCGGCAAGACCAAGACCGUGACCCGGCGCAAAUACAACAAGAUCCUGCAGACGCUGAUCCAGGGGGACGAGGAGAACAGCAACGGGGUGUUCCUGCACGAGAAGACCAACAACCACAUCAACGCCAAAUUCAAAUUCUGGGUCAAGUCCAAAGGCUUCCAGGUCGGGACGCUGCAGGACGCCAAGACCGGGUCCCCGGACAGACCGGUGCUGUACGUCCCCAUCAAGGCGACGUGUGUGGACGGGGUCUCCGGCGUGGACCCGUCUCUGAAGCGCGUGGCGGUGGUCGAGGAUUUCUUCGACAUCAUCUACGCCAUGCACGUGGAGAUCAGCAGCGACCCCGGCAAAGCCCCCAAACACGCCGGCCAGAAGAAGACCUACAAAGCUAUAGCGGAGACGUACGCCUUCCUGCCCAGAGAGGCGGUGACACGCUUCCUGAUGAGCUGCGGAGAGUGUCAGAAGAGGAUGCACAUCAGCACUGCGGGCCAAGACUACAAAGAGAACGACAGACCGAGCUCUCUGGUGUUGGAGGUGAUUGACUACAACAUGCCUCUGACCACCACCUACAUGAAGCACAUGAAGCUGCAGUGUAUGGGCAACAACAAGGAUGACAGUUCAUUGAGCAGCGAGGAGGAGGCCGAGAUGAGCGAGCCCACAUGGCUAGCAGCUGAUCUGGGAGCAGCGUCUGACCUGAGCCCGCCGAGCCGAGCCGAGAGGAUGCGACACAGCCCGCAGAACGCACACGGCAAGGAGGACGACGAGAGCAGAGCGGUUCUGCUCACGGCUCCUGCUGUUGCUAAGAGACUUUUCAAAAAGCUGUCUGUAGUGCUGCGCUCUUUAAAGUAGAAAUUAAAUAUAUUUAACUUCUCUUGCUGUGUUCUCGCAGCGCUGGAAGCCACUAAACUCUCAGCGCUGUGGGGCGCUCACAGCAGCAGCAGCCUCCCGUUUGAACACGCAGCCAAAGA